GGCUCCCCCCGGGGCAGGGUCAAUUCCUUGGUUCCGGGCCGGUCCCGCAUGGCGGAGCCGGGCGGGCGGGCGCGGGCGGGCGCUGCCCCGGUCCCGGUCCCGGUGAGCUCCCCGGUGACCACGCUGGCGCUGGACAUGGACAACCUGGCGGGGCUGGGCAGCCAUUGGGACACCCCCAAGCGGAUGGGGGGGGGAGCGACCCCCCAAAAGCGAGGCGGGGGGAGCCCCCGGGGCUCCGUCUCCUCCGAUUCGUCCGAUGCGGGCCUGGGGCCGGAGUCCCCCCCGGAGCAGGACCCUGCGGUGCUGGAGGACGUCUUCGAGAAGGCGGUGAUGGAGGCAGGGAGAGUGCUCAAAGACAAUAAGCUCCCUAUCCGGAGGAUCCACUCGCUGCCGCCGCGGCUGCUUGGGGCCAGCCCGGUCCUGAGGAACAUCUCCCACAGCCGGGAAUUUAACGGGAGCUGCGCCCGCAGGGGCAGGGAGCCCGAGGCCACGGAGGGGUUCGUGUUCAAGAAGCCGCAGAGGCCGGGGGGGCGCAGCCGGGCCCCCCCCAGUGAUGGGGCCAUGGGCAGGGACCCAUUCACACAGAGACCAGGCUCCGCGCCCGACCUCAUGUGUGACCCCCCCGAGAAGGAGAACGUCCCCCAGGGGGGGAGCCCCAUCGUGCUGCGGCGCUGCUCCCUCACCUGCUCCAUGGGCGAGGAGGAGGAGGAUGACGGCUUCCUGGAGAUCCUGGAUGAGGAGGAGAUGAAGAGCGGAGCCGCGGUGCCGGCGGGGAUGGAGACGCUGCUGACGGCGCCGCUGGUGAGGAGCCAGGAGCCGGAGCCGGAGCCGGCUCCCCCGAGGCACAGGAAGUGCCGGCAGCUCUUCCGCUCGCCCUCGCUGCCCAGCUCCGUCAUCAGACCCAUCCUGAAGCGCAUGGACCGGGACCGGCAGCGGGACCACGACCGGGACUGGGACAGCCCCGUCAGGACCAAGCGGCGCCGCAGCGUGGCCGGGACCCCCAGCACGGAGGCAGGGCCGGAGCCGGCUGCGCGGCUCCUGCGCUCCCGCUCCCUCUGCCCCCAGGACCUCGGGGCCCUGCUGGGCAGCGACCACCGGGAGCUCAUCGGGGACUUCUCCAAGGCCUAUCUCCUGCAGACGGUGGAGGGCAAGCACCAGGACCUCAAGUACAUCUCCCCUGCCAUGAUGGUGGCCGUGCUGACGGGGCAGUUCAGCGGCCUCAUCGAGAGCUGCGUGAUCGUGGACUGCCGCUACCCCUACGAGUACGAGGGGGGGCACAUCAAGGGCGCCGUGAACCUGCCCCUGGAGCAGGACGUGGAGGAGUUCCUGCUCAGGAAGCCCAUCGUGCCCUGCGACGCCUCCAAGAGGGUCAUCGUCAUCUUCCACUGCGAGUUCUCCUCCGAGAGGGGGCCCAGGAUGUGCCGCUUCGUGCGGGAGCAGGACCGGGCCCGCAAUGAGUACCCGGCCCUGCACUACCCCGAGCUCUACGUGCUCAAGGGCGGGUACCGCGAGUUCUUCCCCCAGUACCAGAGCCACUGCGAGCCGCAGGAUUACCGGCCCAUGCACCACGAGGACUUCAAGGAGGAUCUGCGCCGCUUCCGCCUCAAGAGCCGCACCUGGGCCGGGGAGCGCAGCCGCAGGGAGCUCUACACCCGCCUCAAGGACUGCUGAGGACCCCUCCCCACCAUGGG